UCUCUCUCAUUCACUGUUGGAUAAAUACCUUUCCUCUGUCUUCUUCACUCCUCUUUUGGUUUUUGCAGGCAGUCCACAGAGAGAGAGAGGGGAUUCAAACAAGGAAAAAAAGCAUAGAAGAUUCAAACAUCAAACACCUUCUUAGCCUUCAAAUAUCUCCCUCUCUUUCUCUGUUCCUUCCUCCAAUCCCCAUACACUUCCUUCUAUGUCUUCUUCUUCUGCUUCAGCUUAGAACAAGAAAGGAAAAAUAAAUAAAUAAAAUGAAGUUCUUUCUUCUGAUUCUGCCUCUUCUUCAGUCCAUUUGGAGUUUUCACUUCUCUAUUGUUGAGGGCAUCUCAGACCCUCCUCUUUCCUCUAUAUCUGCUCCUCUUUCUUCACCACCAAUUGGGGCCACUUCACCAAUCUCUUCAUCAAUGGCUGCCUUCUCUCCAGCUAUUCAAGAGGGAAGUGAAGAAAAUCAGAUGGAUUCUCACAAGAAAACGUUUAUAGCACUCAUUGUUGCUUCUGCUGCACUGGGUGUAACCAUAUUGAUUCUGUUGUCUCUGUGGAUUCAUAAGAAGUGCUCCCAAAAAUCCCACAAGAGCAAUGCUCAGAGCUCAGAUGCAGAGAAAGCCCUCACUUUAGGUCCAUUGUUGGCUAAAUUCAACACCAUGAAAGUGAUUGGGAGAAAGGGUUCUGUCUCUUGUAUUGAUUAUAAGGUACUAGAAACUGCAACAAACAAUUUUCAGGAAAGUAAUAUCCUGGGUGAGGGCGGGUUUGGUUGUGUCUACAAGGCGCGGUUGGAUGAUAACUCCCAUGUGGCUGUGAAGAAGAUAGAUGGUAGAGGCCAGGAUGCUGAGAGAGAAUUUGAGAAUGAGGUGGGUUUGUUGACUAAAAUUCAGCACCCAAAUAUAAUUUCUCUCCUGGGUUAUAGCAGUCAUGAGGAGUCAAAGUUUCUUGUCUAUGAGCUGAUGCAGAAUGGAUCUCUGGAAACUCAAUUGCACGGACCUUCUCAUGGAUCAUCUCUAACUUGGCAUAUUCGAAUGAAAAUCGCUCUGGAUGCAGCAAGAGGAUUAGAGUAUCUACAUGAGCACUGCAACCCACCAGUCAUCCAUAGAGAUCUUAAAUCAUCUAAUAUUCUUCUGGAUUCAAACUUCAAUGCCAAGCUUUCGGAUUUUGGUCUAGCUGUAAUUGAUGGGCCUCAAAACAAGAACAACUUGAAGCUUUCAGGCACCCUGGGUUAUCUAGCUCCUGAGUAUCUUUUAGAUGGUAAACUGACUGAUAAGAGUGAUGUGUAUGCAUUUGGAGUGGUGCUUCUAGAGCUACUACUGGGAAGAAAGCCUGUGGAAAAACUGGCACCAUCUCAAUGCCAGUCCAUCGUCACAUGGGCCAUGCCACAGUUGACUGACAGAUCAAAGCUCCCAGGCAUCGUUGACCCUGUGAUUAGAGACACAAUGGAUCUAAAGCAUUUAUACCAAGUUGCUGCUGUAGCUGUGCUAUGUGUGCAACCAGAACCAAGUUACCGGCCAUUGAUAACAGAUGUUCUGCACUCCCUCAUCCCACUCGUUCCAGUUGAGUUGGGAGGGAUGCUAAAAGUUACCCAGCAAGCGCCGCCUAUCAACACCAUUGCACCUUCUGCUGGAGGUUGAAGAACACAUUUUUCAAGCUGCUGCACCAUUUCAGGACCUUCAUUUCUUUGAUCACAGUUUCAAAAUUCCACGCCCUGUCCAUAUUUCUCAUUGUUUCUUCAGAUUAUUAAUUCCUUGAUUAUUUGGAUGAAGAAGAGUGGGGCUGCUUGGAGUGAAUUAUUGACUUUUAUCACAUAUGUAAAUUGAGGUAAUCUAGAUGAGUUGUUCUAUAGAAUUCUGGAAAUAAUUUUGUGCAUACAGGUUUCAUCUUGGUUCCUCUGGUUACAUUUCAGAUUUUAUCUUGUUAGUAAAGGGCACCUCUAAAGUUUUCCCUUUCUCUCUUUCCUUCAUAUCUUCAUGUAUGUAAAAUUGUCCAUCUUUUGAGAUAUGAAGUUUGCAUCUUUUCAUCUUU